AUGGCGGACGCUAUUUCUAUUGAACAGAACAACAAGAUUCGCGCGGCUCUGGGCUUGAAGCCUCUACCGGUCCCUGGGGGCGAUGCCACAGGCCCUUCGUUCAAGGAAUCCAACGACGACUCAUCGGACGAAGAACCAGCGAGCACGAUCGAGACUCGAGAGGCGGCAGCGUCAGGCAACUGGCAAAAGUUACAAGAUGAAGCCGCAGCAAAGAAAACGCGGGAAGAACGAAACGCAGCCAUUAAGCGGGCGCGCGAGUUAGCACAGCGAAAUGCCAAGCUGGAAGGGACAACACUAGGCGAGAGCGUGGAUGCUGAUGUGGAUACGAAAACUUGGUUACUACAGGCAAAGAAGAAACAGAAGAAGAUCGAGAGGGAGCGCGCGCGCAAGCUAGCGGAGGAGCUGGAGGAGCGGCAGCGCGUGGCGGAAUAUACGGCUUCGGAUCUUGCUGGUAUUAAGGUUGGGCAUGAGAUUGGGGAUUUUGGUGGAGGGGAGGACCACGUUCUUACGCUCAAGGACACGACGAUUGACGAAAACGAAGAGGAGGGAGACGAGCUGGAAAAUAUUGAUUUGCGAGACAGGGAAAAGGCUGCCGAGAGAAUAGAGCUGAAGAAGCGGAAGCCGGUGUACGAUCCGACUGAAGAGAAUGCCACGAUAUUGGCCCAAUACGACGAGGAGAUAGAUGGCAAGAAACGAAAACGGUUCACACUGGACGCCAAGGGAUCUACUGUGGAGGAACAAGAGGCGCGGCGACAAGAGGUUUCCGAGAAGCUAAAACGGAAUAUCAUCAGCCUUGACUUCGAGGCUGAAACUCCUGUUUCCGACUACAUGGAUGUGAGCGAGAUCAAAAUAAAAAAGCCCAAGAAGAAGAAGUCCAAAACUACCAAGAAGAGAUCGGCUCUCGACGAUGACGAUAUUUUUCCAACCACAGAAUCUGCGGAUACGCCGAAUGACGCGUCUAUGGAUAUUGACACUGUCAACGGCGCACAGGCGCCUGCACCUCGCAAGAUAAUAGAUGAGAACAUCUCAUUUGUGGAUGAUGAUGAUUUGCAGGCUUCCUUGACUCGGCAAAGACGAGCUGCGCUCAAGAAGCGGCAAAAAUCACGACCGGAGGAUAUCGCACGGCAGCUCAGAGAGGAGGGAUCGCAAACACCGAUGGACGUCGAGGAAGAAGAGCCCGGGCUAGUAAUCGAUGAGACUUCUGAGUUUGUUUCGAAUCUACAGAAACCUGUUCUGCCCGAGCCCAGGCGUCGAACAACUACGCCAGGCGAGAGCCCCCGUGCGAAGACCGAGGAGCCGGACGAUGAGAGGCCUCAAAUUGAAGGCGGGGAUGUAGAUAUGGACAGAUCUUACAACGAUAUCGAGGACGAGGAUGAUCUUCAAGAGCGCAUCAAGCGCGAAGAGUCACAAGCUGAAGCGGCCAUCACUGGCACUGGCCUAGAGGAGGAAGCUACGCUGUCGCAAGGUCUGGGUGCUACGUUGGGUAUGCUCAAGAAGCGUGGUCUAGUGAAGUCAACAGACGCUGCGGAAUCCAACGCUCUUCUCCGCGACCGCAACCGUUUCCUUUCAGAGAAGAGUCGCCUCGAAACUGAAGCUGAACGCCGUGCGCGCCAGCAACGUGAGCGGGAUCGCGCCUCAGGAAGACUCGACCGAAUGUCCGCACGCGAAAGAGAAGAGUACGCACGACGAGAAAACACCAAGCGUGACCAGGAAGAAGCCCGGCAUUUGGCAGCGAAGUUCAAUGAGGAGUACAAACCCGAUGUACAGCUCAAGUACAUUGACGAAUUUGGUCGUCAGAUGAAUCAGAAAGAGGCGUUCAAGCACCUGAGUCACCAGUUCCACGGAAAGGGCAGCGGCAAGAUGAAGACCGAGAAGCGACUGAAGAAGAUCGAGGAGGAGAAGAAGCGCGAGGCCAUGAGUGCGCUUGACAGCAGUCAGCAUACCGGCAUGAACAACGCCGUCGGGGCAACUGCACGACAGAAGGGUCAAGCUGGAGUCCGCCUGGGCUAG